AUGUUCAACUUGCAUUUGGCCCAGGAAGGGAGUCCUUUCUCGCCCGUCAUUCGUGAGCGCAUCGCCCUCCGUCGACAAGUCAAACAAAGCUCUCUCCGUCCUCGCCUGUCAACGUGUUGUAAGAAGGGACAGCAGUGGGGCGGUGGCUCAAGCUCUCGCCUGCACUUGUCGGGACCUCGGGAGCUGGCUCGGCUGCUCCUUCAGAACUUCCGAGGUUGUCCCCACCGAGCUUUCGAGGUCGGCCCGCAUGGCCAUAGUGCACGCUCCGGACUUGAUCUCAAGGAAUGCAAUGGUCCGGGGUUGCGCUGGGCAUUGCGCACUGCCUUCGUGUUGGCAGUCUCGCCAAGUAAACAUAUCAACCACGACCUUGAGGGCCCAUCUACAGGUGCGUAUCUGCCUAUCAACAUACCUGAGGUGCAGGCCCAACUUAUCGAGCUCGUUAACGUCCGUGGUGGCGCCCGACGAAAUCGCAACCACCCCGAUGCGGCGCCUCAGUAUUGA